AUGUCUGCACCUUCGGAAGCACCCGCUGCAUCGUCAUCGACCGCGGCAGAACCUACUGCUGCUGCUGCUGCUGCUGCUGCACAGACCCCCGCCCCUGCGCCCGAACCGUCUCCCAAGGACAAGGCGAUCGAGGCCUACCGCAAGGUCCGUCGACGCGAGUGGAGCUGGAGCCAGCUGGCAUUACUCGAUGACACCCGACUGAUCUCCCAUCCUUUCGCUGCAUACAGAAACUCAAGGAACACGAGACCCUGACCGAGAACUUGAAGAAGAGUCGGUCCUCCCCAGCUCACCCUAGCCGAGCAGCGAGUCCCACCGCCGAGACAGAAGCGCUGACGACGACGACCGCCUGUUGACGUUGACGCAGUUCGAGCUUCGCUCAAGGAUCUCGACCGCGAUUUCGACAAGUCAGAGGAUGAUAUCAAGGCGCUCCAAUCCGUCGGUCAAAUCGUCGGCGAGGUGUUGAAGCAGUUGGAUGAGGAGCGAUGUGGGUCCCGAGUCCCGGAGAAGGUGGUCCCCCAGCACAUCGUCCCGGACACUCAUGCCUCGACAUCUUCGUCCACAGUCAUCGUCAAGGCCUCGUCUGGGCCUCGAUACGUGGUAGGAUGCCGAUCAGCCGUGCCCAAGCACAAGCUCAAGAACGGCGUCCGCGUCUCGCUCGACAUGACGACCCUGACCAUCAUGAGGUGCGUCACCACCUCCACUUCCAGCCACGUGCACUUCAACCGCAUUCGCGUGUGCAUCAGCUCACUUUUCUCCCGUGUGUCACGCAUUUUAGGAUCCUGCCGAGAGAAGUCGACCCGCUGGUGUACAACAUGAGCAUGGAGGAUCCGGGAGAGGUCACCUUUGCUGGGAUCGGAGGAUUAGGCGACCAGAUCCGCGAGUUGCGAGAAGUGCGUCCGAGGUCAGCACUGUCUUACGAAUAGACACACACUUAUCCCUGGCUGCCCACGUUCCCCAGGUCAUCGAGCUGCCGUUGAUGAACCCAGAGCUGUUCAUGCGAGUCGGCAUCAAGCCGCCAAAGGGUGAGUUCGGAUCGGAACCGACACGGACUCACGCUCGGUCUGACAAUCCAUUGCUGCUACGAUGUACACUACAGGUGUGUUGCUCUACGGACCUCCGGGAACAGGAAAGACAUUGCUCGCUCGAGCUGUCGCAGCGACGCUCUCGACCAACUUCCUCAAGGUCGUCUCGUCGGCGAUCGUCGACAAGUACAUUGGUGAAUCCGCACGCUUAAUUCGAGAGAUGUUCGGUUACGCACGCGAACACGAACCGUGUAUCAUCUUCAUGGAUGAGGUCGAUGCUAUCGGUGGUCGUCGGUUCAGUGAAGGAACGAGUGCCGAUCGAGAGAUUCAGAGGACGCUGAUGGAGGUGAGUUUGCGCGGGUCCUAGAAGCUCGCGAUUCCAGAGAUUAACUACUGUCGAGUACCGUUCUUUCAGCUCUUGAACCAACUAGACGGAUUCGACUACCUUGGCAAGACCAAGGUCAUCUUUGCUACCAACCGAGUAAGUCCGAUCCGACCCUUUCCUCGUGUAUUUCGGGCAUUCCCCCGUGCAUCAUCGAGAGCUGAUCCCGGUCGAUGUCAACCUUUCUCCAGCCGGAUACCCUUGACCCUGCCUUGCUGCGACCUGGUCGCAUCGACCGAAAGAUCGAGAUCCCCUUGCCUAACGAAGUCGCGCGAAUGGAAAUCCUCAAGAUUCAUGCCGGGCCGAUCCGAAAGACGGGCGAGAUUGGUGCGUCUGUCAAGUGUGAACUGUGUGCCGUCGACUUUGCAACUGAUGAUGCAAAUCUUACUAUCGGAACAGACUACGAGGCUAUUGUCAAGUUGUCGGAAGGGUUCAACGGUGCCGAUUUGCGAAACGUGUGCACCGAGGCGGGCAUGUUUGCCAUUCGGUGGGUGAACUUGGGCUUGCGAUCUGCCUAUUCCCCAAGUCGUCAUCCUGACCAUCAAUUUCCUGUUGUUCAGUGAUGACCGCGACUACUGCAGCCAAGAUGACUUUAUGAAGGGUGCGCGCAAGUUGCAGGAGGCCAAGAAGCACGAGUCGUCGUCCGAUUACGAGAAGCCGUGA